AUGCUGUGGCCAGCUGCCUUUCUGUCACUGCGACUGACAAUGACUUCCCUCCUUCUCAAUGUCUUGGAUCUGUCAGAGUCAAAGUCCCACCAAGCAGAAAAUGGAUGCCCAGAUAGUUGUUUCUGCUCUGAGAAUGUUGAUGGUGUGCUAGUGGUUCGUUGUAGCAACAUGCACUUGAUUGGCGUGCCACGUGGCCUUCCCAACAUUACACAACAUCUAUACCUGGAUAACAACCUACUGGUUACCAUACCAUCUGAUUCCUUUGUUGGACUCCCCCUGCUGUUUGAGCUAGAUCUUUCACACAAUAGGCUGGUUCACCUGGAACCUGGAGCAUUCCUAGGUUUGGCUGGCUCAUUGAGCAGACUAGAUCUUUCCUCCAACCAGCUAGAGACCCUGGAUCCCAUGGUGUUGGGGGACCUCAGUGCCCAGACUAACCUCUCUCAUAACCCCUGGCUGUGUGACUGCCGUCUGCAACUGUCUAUGCCACAGCUGCUCUUGGAUCCAUCCUCGCUCGCUGAGGUGGUUUGCAACAAUUCUGAGCCAGAAGAGCUUGGGGCACAAGGUAUGCCAUUCAUCUUAGUGGCGGCUGAUCUCGACUUCUGUGCAGCACUCAGGAGGACCACUGACGUGGCUAUGCUGAUAACAAUGUUUGGCUGGUUUAUAAUGGUUAUAUCAUACUUGGUUUACUAUGUCAGACACAACCAAGAAGAAGCCAUAUGCCACCUUGAGUAUCUUAAAUCUCUCCCCAACAGGCAAGGUGGAAUCAUUAACUCUUAA